UCCCUCAUCUGGGGUCAGGUCACACGUAAAGCGUCAACAACAUGGCGACCGUACUCGCCACAAAAGUAUUUUUCCCGCUUUCGAGGCUCCAUUUCAGAUGUCUAGCGGCUUGCCAAAGAAACUGCAGCAAUGCAAACGGAAGUUCCUCGCCUCUGUCGGGGAAAACGGUCAGGAUCGGCUGUGCUUCUGGGUUCUGGGGCGACACAGCGACCGCAGCCCCCCAGUUGAUCCACCAGGGGAAUAUCGAGUUCCUGGUGUUUGACUACCUGGCAGAGAUCACCAUGUCUCUUCUGGCUGCAGCCAAGCAGAAAGACCAGAAUUUCGGCUAUGCUCCUGAUUUUGUCCGAACAGCUAUUGGACCCUUCAUAAAGGAUAUCAAGAAGAAAGGUAUCCGUGUGGUCAGUAAUGCAGGAGGAGUGAACCCUCAGGCCUGUGCUGUAGCACUGCAGGAGGUGGCCAAGAAAUCUGGAGUGGACCUGAAGAUUGCAACCAUAUUUGGAGAUGAUCUCAUGCCACAGCUUGCAGGUGUUGCAGCCUCUGGUGUGAAAGAUUUGGACUCUGGUGACCAUCUACCCAAAACUAUACACAGUAUGAAUGCCUACCUAGGGGCUCGGCCAAUCAGCAGAGCCCUAGACCAUGGAGCUGAUGUAGUUAUCACCGGGAGGUGUGUUGACAGUGCUGUGGUGCUGGGACCAUUAUUACACACUUUUGGAUGGAAGACAACAGACUAUGAUCUUCUUGCAGCAGGAAGCCUUGCAGGCCAUAUUGUAGAGUGUGGUGCUCAGGGAACUGGUGGAAUAUUCACUGACUGGCACACAAUACCAGAUUGGGACAAGAUGGGUUUCCCUAUAGUCGAGGUAGCCUCUGAUGGACAGUUUAUUGUCAGCAAGCCCCCGGGAACUGGUGGUUUGGUAUCUGUACCGACCGUCUCCGAGCAGAUUGUAUACGAGAUUGGCGAUCCACGUGCCUACCUUCUCCCGGAUGUGUCGUGUAACUUUGCAGACGUGACGCUGAAGGAAAUUGAUGGUCAUGAUGGGGGUGCUGUGUUUGUAACUGGUGCAAAAGGAAAACCUCCUUCAAAACAAGUCAAAGUGAGUGCGACAUAUUUUGAUGGUUACCGAGCGUUGGCAGUGUGCGCUGUAGGAGGACCCAGGUCUGUAGACAAGGCCAGGAGAACGGCAGAGAGUAUCCUGAAAAGAGUUAGAAGGAUAUACAAGCAACUUGGAAUGGAAGAUUUCAAGAAAGUACAGAUACAGGUUAUCGGAGCAGAAGAAACAUAUGGACCUCAUGCCAACCCAACACUUGCCAAGGCCCAGCGUGAAGUUGCCCUGUGGUUUGGGGUGCAGCACAAUGAUAGAAGAGCCCUGCAGCUGUUUGCAGGGGAGAUCGCACCUGCUGGCACCGGCAUGGCACCCGGGCUGACUGGUAUUGUUGGGGGAAGACCAAGAGUGUCCCCGGUGUUGAAACUGUUUUCAUUCCUGUAUAACAAGGAAAAUCUGAAGAUUAACAUCCAUGUGGACGGACAGGAAGUAGAGACCAUGGUAGAUGACCAUGGGGUGGAGGUUCAGCAACAAGAACCCCUGCCUGCAGGGGAGACAGAAGCUGUGGAGAGUGGAUCCUGCACAUACAGGUUAGAGGACCUUGCUUAUACCAGGAGUGGAGACAAGGGAAAUUCCUGUAACAUUGGUGUGGUUGCCAGGUGUUCAUCUUACCUGCCGUACCUGCGAGCUGCCCUCACACCUGAAGCUGUUGAGCAGUAUUUCCAGCACCUGCUUGAACCCGCCAAUGAUGCAGCUCCUCAAGUCAUCAGAUAUGAUGUUCCAGGGCUCCAUGCACUGAACUUUGUGCUGAAGAACUCUCUGGGAGGGGGAGGAGUUGCCUCACUCAGGAGUGACCCACAGGGUAAAGCAUAUGGACAGAUGCUGCUGGAUUUCAAAAUCACAAAUGUUCCAAAACUGGUGCAGUAAAGUGUUUUGAGGAGUGGUGUGUGCUACAGAUAGGUGUCACUAUUUUUUUUAUUUCUGUUGUUUGUCUACAAAAGGAAGAUUUAGUUGAUGUAUGAACUUCAAUGUGUGCAGUGAAUCUGUGACACAAUGUUGAUCUAAUUGAAGACAAUGAAGAG